AUGAAGCUGGGUAAAAAAGACAUAGGAAUCGGAGACUUCCCAGCCCAGUUCCACAUUUCCAAAUUCCAAGCACAGACUGAGAAGAAUGGAGCGGAUCCCCAGUCUCCACCCUCUGAAGCGUCUUACCUGUGGAAUCUUAUAGACACCUGCAAUAUCGGCGAUAGAAGAGGACGUCUCAGAGCCAAGUCCUCCAAUGAUGGCUAUGAGAUGUUUAUUCCUAUCACAUUUAUAGCUGGGCACAAAUCUCUGGGAUUUGAAGAGCAGGUCCAAAAGUGUCCGAUGGGUCAUCCUUGCAUCAUUAUAGCUGUCAUAGAUGUGGAAGCCCAGGGUUGUAUUGGACAAGAGCUGGGGAUCUUUGUUGAUCUCCUCUAUAGCAAAUGCCAAGACAAGGAGGUGCUGUGGUACCAGCCUGGUGACUUCCUCAUUGGUGGGAUUGCUUCUCAGUUCCUUUAUAAUUCUGAAGAACUUUCUUUUAAGGAGCAUCCCUCCCAGAAAUUGUUUCAGAUGUCAAUAGCAGUCACCAAAUUCUACCAGCAUGUUCUUGCCUUGGUAUAUGCUGUGAAGGAGAUCAAUGAGAAUCCCCGAUUCUUGCCCAACGUCACCCUUGGGUUCCACAUUUAUGACAGCUACUAUGAUAGAAUGAUGACCUAUCGGACCACUUUGGACCUGCUCUUCAGUUCGGAUAGAUUUGUCCCCAACUAUAAAUGUGACACCAAGAAAACCCUCCUGGGUGUCAUUGGGGGACUUGGAACUGAUACCUCCUACCAUAUUGCAGACAUUCUGAGUCUUUAUAAGAUUCCACAAUUCCAUCCGAUUCUUCAAGAUAUGAACAACUGUUUUCAAUGCUCAGAAGAAAAAUACCCAAGCAAGGAGCAAGAUCGAUGUCUUCCCAAAAGAAGAAACUUUCUGUCAUAUGGAGAAGGCUUAGGCGUCACUUUCACUUCACUUGCAGUUGUCUUGUCCCUCAUCAAUGCUGCAGUGUUAGGAAUUUUCAUAAAGCAGAGAGAGACCCCCCUUGUCAAAGCCAACAACCGAGACCUCACCUACACUCUCCUCAUCUCUCUACUCUUCUGCUUCCUCUGCCCUCUGCUGUUCCUUGGCCAACCAAGGGAAGGCACCUGCCUUCUCCAACAACCAGUUUUUGGGAUGGUCUUCUCUCUGGCUAUUUCCUGUGUGUUAGCUAAAACCAUCCUUGUCUCUCUCGCCUUCAUGGCCACAAAACCCGGGUCAACCGCAAAGAAAUGGAUAGGGAAAAAAUUGGCCCUUUCCAUUGUCUUUUCUGGCUCUGUCAUUCAAAUAGGCAUUUGUCUGUUUUGGUUGGCAAGUUCUCCCCCAUUCCCUGAUUUAGAUAUGGACUCAGUUAUUGAGGAAGCCAUUCUGCAGUGUAAUGAAAGGUCUCCCGCCAUGUUUUAUCUUGUCUUGGGCUACAUGGGCCUCUUGGCUACUGCCAGCUUCAUUGUUGCCUUCCAUGCCCGAAAAUUACCUGACAGUUUCAAUGAAGCCAAGUCCAUCACCUUCAGCAUGUUAGUGUUUUGCAGCGUCUGGAUAUCCUUUCUUCCCACCUACUUGAGCUCCAAGGGGAAAGACAUGGUGGCCGUGGAGGUCUUCUCCAUUUUGACCUCCAGUGCUGGGUUACUGGCUUUCAUCUUUUUCCCUAAAUGCUACAUCAUUGUGCUGAAACCUCAUUUGAAUGACAGAGAACUAUUAAUUAGGAGAAAAUAA